AUGUGGUUUGGAGAAGUCUUGGGCUUGGCGCUAGUCGCCUGCUUCGUGCAUGUGGCGUGUUUACCUCACGGAGGCGGCGCAUCUGAUGGCGGUUGCAAGAACCCGGCCAAAGACAGGGAAAACAACCCCGAGUGUAAGGAAAUCAGGAAGGAAGACGAUAAGAGAAAUUUCAAGUCCAUUAUAAGACAAGUAUAUACAAAUGGUUCUGCGGAUAGCGACUUCGAGCUGGAUGAAGAGUUCUGUGUUUCUGGAGUUGUCAAUUUAGACUUCCCUCUCUCCUCAAAUAUGGUUCAUUUCUUCGUUCAAAAGAAGACAAGUCAGAAAUGGGAUAUUAUCGUCGAGAACAAUCUUCCCUGGUCAGACUUUAUUAACAAAUUUACUCCACUAUUUUCUCCAUUAAAUUGUGCCAUCAAAUGCAAUAAGGGUGAACCUAAUGAUGAUUAUGUUUUUGAAUCGAAUACAAAUAAGUGUGAAGAAAUAUACUUUGAUCGAGUUUGCUUGUUCCCAAGGUCACUCCCACAAGAUUUCGCAGAAGCCACGUAUCAAAUGGUUUUCAAUAUGGAUUCGGAUUGUGACUUAGAAGGUAUUGGAUUCAUAAUUACCUUCGAAGUUCUAAGUAAGACCGAAGACGAAUAGAAC